AUGGAGGCAGAAGCAAUACACUUUAAUAAACGAUACAAAACAAUCGACAAUUGUUGGGACAAGCACGACGGACUCGCUAUCUGCUCCUACUUCCUACAAGCUUAUCAAGUUCCAGUUUGGGAUGAACAUCCGUUGUUUGCCAAAAUCACGGACAACUUGUACAAGAUUAUCGAGUCCGACUCGUGCGUGAAGUUACUCCCAAACUGCUUGUGCUGGAUGAGACAGGCUUGUCAAGCAUCCGGUUAUUACACGUAUCUCGGCUCGAUCACGACCUUUCCGUUUUACGAAUGUGUCACUUGGAUUGUUUUCCCAGAACCAGUCAGGAUUUCAGAAAAUCAAGCAGAAUUGUUUCGAAUGUUACGCAAUAAACAAGGCAUGUGCAUUAAGGAGAAUUAUCGAGAGGUGCAAAAAUUAAACGGUCGGGUAGUUUAUUAUGUCAAUUAA